ACUUCUCUAUGAUUGUGGGAGGAGGACGAAUAUGAACAGUCCUUCACAAACUUCUUGCUUGAUAGUGUUUUGCACUUUGAACAAUUCGACAAAGUCUGUCAAAUUUGAAGAGGCCUGGUGAUGAUGGAAGACCACUCAAGCAGUUGUUUGGGGACAACGGUCAAAAUGUCUCUCCGACCCCUUGAGUGCUUGAGAUGUAGACGUUCGGUUCGGAUGAUGUGCUGAGGUCGGCGCUUUUCUGGUUGGAGCUUGGGUGGGGGGAGCCUAGGCUGGCCCAGAUUACGCGGUUAGGAAAAUUAGAUUCGGUAAGGACGGUGCGUGAUGUGAUGCUGAUCUAGACCACUGGCUGGAUUUUGUUCGCCUUUGGGUUUGCUUGCCCUGUUUGGCCUUGAUUCCAUGCCAUUAGAGGUUGUACGUUUGGAAUGUGAGAGAGCACUUAUUGUCGGAGUGGAGGAGUACAACGCGUGUGCGUGCUUGGGUUCGGGUUGAGACGGCCUGGGUCUCUCUCUGAAAGGCUCAGUACAGCUGACAGCGUGGAGAUUUUGUUUCUCCUAAGUUCGAUCCAACCUAGACCGGGCUUCUGAAGCAGUGGUUGGGCUUUUGCUUAUUUGACGAAGUUGGGAGAUCUUAAGAUUGGGGUACUUGUACAGAUGAAUAGCGCUCGUGUGUAGUGAAUCUGUGAAUGUUUCCUAAAGUUUGCUUUUUCUCUCUAAUGCUUGAAUGGGAGAUAGUAUAGAGCUGACUUAAUUCACCAAGGUUUCCGUUAGAGUAUAACCCUAAACUUAGAGGAACCGUGCGUCGCGAUUACAAUCUGCUGCCACUGUGGUUAGUGCGACAUAUUGAGAUUAGGGUACUGGGGAAAAGGUUUCGGCCCAAGCUGCUUAGGAUAUUUUUACUGAAGUUUCUAAAUCUGCUCGGAUCGGGUGGUGUUCCUGCCGGCGGGUGUCACAAGCCCCUCGGGAGGAUCUUGCGAGGAAGCGAACUUUACGCAGGACUGAGAGUCGAUGGCCUAUGACUGUGGGAGUGGCUGUGGAAAUGUAGACUUGUAAUGGGUCUUCAGAGUUGGAAUUCUGAGGAGAAGAGGCAUCGUGGAGGAAAGGAACAGCGAGAAAGAACUUAGGCGGUUUUUCACUUUUGAGGAAGAAUAAAUAUACCUUAGCAGGAAGGGUUUGUUCGUUUCACCACGGGUUAGGUUACAUCUGCACUCUGAUUAAGCAAGUUUUAGCUUCACCAUCGUCACACAGUACACACUUGCGUAUGUACCCGCAUCUCAGGUUUGGCAAGCCGCUUUUCUAGUUUGCCUCUUUGCAUUUCACCUGUUUGGUGGUUCAUUGGAGGUGCUACCCAUCGUAUCAGGGUAUUGAAUAUUUGGGAUCAGCUGGGAUGUGAUUUUCUGAAUUCUGCUCUAGCCAAAAGCAUAUGCUGUCCAACCUUGAACCUGUGCACUUCUCGUGCAUUUGGCUUUCCUGGAAUUCCUUCGGGUUGAAGAUUGCGCAUGAAGCCCUUGUCACGAUCCAUCCGCACUUUCACGAGUUUGUUCAAUGGAAUAGAGAAUUCUCUGUGCACGCAGGUUUUGCAAGAAUUCUUGACUUGGGGGUCGCUUACUGUCACUGCGGCAAGUUACCAGGACUUCUGGAUUACAUUGCCACGCAAUCCUCAUCUAUAGAUCUUUGCUACACUGCCCUACUUUCUUUGAAGGACCUUUGUACGAGGCUUUUUCAACGGAUUACGGUAUCAUUCACGGAGGUGUUCGUUUCUUUAAAGGCGUCAACUUGUAACUAUCACAUCCCACUUAGUACAUUUCCUGUGAUGCAAUAAGACGAGCAGUCAUCGGAGCCAUGCAGAUAUCACAGAAGCACAGUUACAUGUCUCCAGAGGACCAAUCAUUGAAAACACUUUCGGCAGAUUUUCUCGCUCUACUUGACAAGGGCCAAGCCUUUAGCGAUGUCACAUUUAAAGUGGAGGACCGGCAUGUUUUUGCUCACAGAUGCGUGCUUGCGGCGCGAAGCCCCUUCUUUCGUAUGGUUUUCUGCGAUGACCAGCAGCUGAACAGUGCCCAACCCAGGCCCGGCAUACCUAAUGUUAUUUCGGUGGGGGUUGUAGGCUACGAUGUCUUCAUGUUGCUGUUGCAAUUUCUGUAUAGCGGAAACUACAGCAAUUUCUUUUCUCCUCAAAACUGCGGCCGCCAGUGCAAGGAUAAAUCUUGUUGGCACACCCAUUGUAGCUCAGCCGUAGAGUUUGGGCUGGAUACUAUGAAGGCUGCGCUCUUCUUUGGUUUGGAUCAGCUUUCUACCCUCACCCAGAAACAUUUAGCCGCCAUGGCAGAGAAGGCGUCCGUCGAGGACGUGAUGCGCAUUCUAACAACUGCACACACGCAAGAAAAUAAGCAUCUUUGGAAUGUUUGCUCAAAGUUGGUUGCGAAGUCUGGUCCAUUUUCAGAAAUAUUGCAGAAACAUCUGCCUGCGAAUAUUGUAUGCGAGCUUGAGGAUAUUAGGCGAAAGUCCGGAUUCGGGUUUGAGGCUGCCAUGUCCAGCAAUACAACAUCCGAGCAGAAGACGAAGCGCAUGCAGAAAGCCUUAGACUCGUCUGACGUGGAGUUGGUUCAGUUGAUGAUCAAUGGAGAGGGUUUGAACCUGGAUAAAGCAUUUGCCCUGCAUUACGCUGUUAGCAAAUGCAGCAGAAAAGUGGUCAAAACCCUUCUAGAUCUGGGAAAAGCAAAUGUAAACCUACGAGGUCCAGAUGGUCUGACGCCCUUGCACAUAGCCGCGAAGUUAGGUGAUCCAGAGAAGAUUGUUAUGUUGUUGAACCAUGAAGCUGAUCCCCACGUACAGUCAGCUUCAGGUGCAACUGCAAUGGGCAUAGUUCAAUUUGGAAUGACUGAAAUUGUAUCCGCUGGGGGGUAUAAUUCUAAAGGCGACCAGAACAGGCUUAGAUUAUGCAUGGAGCUUUUGGAAAGAGCUAUUUUAGCACCAACUUCUUCGUUGCACGCGAGGUACAAUAAAGUCGAGAGCGGGAGCCCGGCCUCGAUCCUUACUGGACAUGGGAGUAGCACGUUUCUGCCGGAGGAAAGUGAUACUGAUUUUCGUUGGUCAAUGAGGAGAACGAUGAGCGGCUCAAAUCAGGGGGUGUAUGUAGGCAAUAACGAUAUUUCUUCCUCUUUCUCACAUGGACUUACAGAUAAAGUGUAUGGCAAAGAGCCAGAAAGGCCGGAGACAAGUGACUCAAUUUCAAGGUUACUCUACCCCAGUUCCGUAGCGAUUGAUCUUUCAGAGUCACAGCUGCAAGCAGAGUCCCGGAGUCUCACUGGUAGCUACAGCGUAUUGGAUACAUCAAUUUUGGAGGAAAGGCCGCGCAAAAUGCAGCGAUCAUUUGCCGACCUGAAGAACCUUCCCGUUUUAAGAGAGGCUGUGCUCAAGGACUUCUCAAACGAAGCUAUGGAGAGCUUCAAGACCGUGUGCAACCCCAAUCACGUUGAUGAGGAAGUCAGCUCAGGAUGGCAGCUUUUCCUGCAGGAGCGCUCAGAAGCUCAUUAUGCUCGUGGAGAUACAUCUGUAAAAAUAUGUCCCAAGAAACCGGAUCGUCAAUGAUCUUCCUUUUCAAUGGAAAAUGAGAGUGAGGCAAGCUAUGAAGUCGAGAGAUGCGCCACAGCAGCUUGGAUCUCGAGCCUCCGCCAGGGAGGUAAAACGCUCAGGAUCAUCAGGCAUUUGGGAAGGAAUCCUGUAUCAGUGAAGUCAUGAUGCCUGUGUACCUUUAAGAGCAGGUCAUUACCAGCCCGUGAAUCACAACUGUGAUCAACAAUUGGUUGAGAACGUCUCCUCCAGCUCCUGAACAGUUCGGAAUGCGGAGGCUCAGGGAAGUAUCAGCACGUCAUGAAACUGGGGUGGAGGAUCAUUGUUGUAGACAUGAGCUUUAGAGUAUAAAACUGGUGUGUACCUCAUUCACUUACCGUACCUCUUUGGUACGUGAAAUACAUAGGUUCUAGCGCUGUGCAGGUAUCAUGGUUAAGCAACAGAUUCCCAGCAGGGCGAGCGUGUAUGGUCUCCAAGUAGAUGAUGAAAAGGUUGCAAGUCAACCAAGAGCGGCAGUUUGUAAUUUUAACACCCAAUCUUUUGAAGAUUUUUUUUCCAUCUCCUUCGAUGGAGUAAACCAGGAGAAAUCAACGACACGUCGAUGAGGGCCCAGGGUUAAUGAGCUCUAUGCAUCUCGACCCUGGAGGUAUGUGAAGAUUGUGCUACGUACACACAAUGCUAGGUGUAGGAUCUUUAGUGGUUGCAAACCACUCCUUUUUUUUCUUUUUUGUAAAACAAAUGCUCGAGUUCGUAGUGCGAUUUCUAUUUACAGCCAUAUGAGCUAUCAACUUGCUCAGCUUAGGAGAUAGUGCUGGUGGGUAGAUUUCCAUGUGCCUGAUCCAUGCGCAUAAUCAUGCAAGUUCGUAAACCUUUGUUGAAUCCAAGUGAGACAACGCCCGGGGUACUUGUCUUUCUUAUUCAA